GCUAAAGUCAUGUGACCUGAGUAAAGAGAAAGAGAACUUGCACUGGGCGGAAGCCAUCAUUGUCUCCUAAAAUUCAGAGACAAAACUUCGAACAAUGGACCCCAGUACCAGUGCCCAGGACGUAUUGCGAUGUGACCUGUGUGAGACCGCUGUGGUACAUAUGCACUGUGAUACAUGUCUUGUCAACCUGUGCACAGCUUGUGUAGGAAAACACAUGAUUUCUGAUGAAUCCAAGGAGCACAAGGUCGUCAAAUACCAGGUCAAGAAAUCAACUCCCCUCUACCCUGGAUGUACAACUCAUAGCAAAGAACGAUGUGAAAUGUACUGUAAGCAAUGUGUCAUGCCUGUUUGCAACACUUGUAUUGCAUCUGAUCAACAUCUUGGUCAUAAGUUUAUAACAAUUUUGCAAAUUCUGGAUGAACAAAAGAACAAAAUAUCCAAAGAAAAUAUCGAACUGAGAGAGACAAUUUACCCAACCUACCAGGACAUUGCCUCCGAUGUACAAAACAGAAUGAGUCAGCUAGAAAAGGAAUAUGGAGAUCUCUCAACAGCCAUAACAAAACAUGGAGAGGACUGGCACAGAGAAAUUGACAAACUUGUCAAGAAACUUAAAGCUGAAGCUGAUGAGAUGAAAAACACACAGUUACGAACUCUACAGACACAUCUGAAUGAAAUAAAGAAGACAAUGUCUGACAUCAAGGAUGAAAUUGAUGCAGUCAAUGCCACUAUAAACUCUAAUGACUUGUCAAAACUGUUCGGCGUUAAAUUCAAUGUAGACAGAUAUAAGACACUUCCAGAAAAAAUUGUGCCAGCUUCACUUAAAUUCAUGCCAGGAAAAAUUCAAGAAAAAGAAUUUCAUGACAUGUAUGGAAUUUUAACGAUAAGUUCUCUCACUUCAGAUGAACACUAUUACAGUACGAAGUUUUCACCACCAGAACCAGAGACUGUCACCACCAUAGACACUGAGUAUGAAGACCUUCUCAAUGUAGCCUGUCUGAGUGAUGAAGAAAUCUGGACAAGUGGAGGUGACAGCAGCAUGAAACUCUACAGCAUCAAUCAGGGAUCACUACUCAAGUUAAUCAAAACCAAGUCAGGGAACUGGCCAUUUGACAUAGCAGUGACAAAAACUGGAGAUUUAGUUUAUACUGAUUAUGAUGACAGAACUGUGAACAUUGUGAAGAAGAAAAAGAUAAAGGAGUUGAUCAGACUACAGAACUGGAGACCUCGUGGUAUCUGUAGUACCUUUUCUGGUGACCUCUUGGUUAUCAUGUACAGUGAUUAUGCCAACCAGACAAAAGUUGUCCGUUACUCUGGCUCCACAGAAUCGCAAACUAUUCAGUUUGAUGAUAAAGGUAAACCUCUCUAUUCAUUUGGUCUUUAUGACAGAUACAUAACUGAGAACAGGAACCUGGAUAUCUGUGUGUCUGAUGAUGGAGCUAAAAUGGUAGUGGUGGUCAAUCAGGCCGGGAAACUGAGAUUCAGGUACACUGGACAUACUCCUGCUCCAAAGAAUAAACCAUUCCGUCCACUAGGUAUCACAACAGACAGUCAGAGUCGCAUCCUUACAGCUGAUUAUUACAAUGACUGUGUCCUCAUCAUAGACCAGGAUGGACAGUUCCUCCGUUACAUAGACUGUGGACUGAGUAGACCCUGGGGACUGUGUACAGAUACAAAUGACAAUCUGUUUGUUGCUCAGUUCAAUCACAAACAAGUGAAGAAAAUCAAAUAUCUGAAGUGAUUUUAUUGUACUCUAUAUCAUG